ACUGUGCAAAACGAAAAACAAAGUUGACAGCUGUCAUCGGUGUCAGAAGAAGGGAGCCCCCGAUAUAGACGAUUUCCAGCUGAAUCAAAACAACACACGUCCCCGUGCAGAGAGGAAAAUUUACCGAUUUUAUUUUAUAAAAAAAAAAACGAAGAACUACAAGGAUUGAAGAUGAGCGAGCUUGUGUGGGGCAUCAAGAACGGCGAUUUGGAGCAAGUCAAAGACAUCAUCGAGAAGAAGUCCGUGAACUUGAAUCAAGAGAUCGAUGGACGUCCUCCGAUUCUGUACGCGGCGGAUUACGGACAGACGGCGGUCAUCGAGUUCCUCAUUUCGGCUGGAGCCAAUGUGAACUCUAAGGAUAAGCACGGAAUCACAGCUAUUUUGGCGGCCAUCUGGGAAGGCCACAAGGACUGCGUCAAAUUGCUGCUGGAAAAGGGUGCAAGCAAAGAGGGCGUAGCGCCUGACGGAAAGAGCUACAUGGAAUCGGCGGAGAGCAACGAAAUCAAGGCGCUUCUUGCGUAAAACAAAUGAAGAAGAGAAAACAUAAAGCAACAACAACAACAAAAAAAAAGCAAAUAAAGUAACAACAGCAACAACAAAAUAAUAUUAUAAUAUGCAAAAUCGGAUCGUCGUCGUGUGCGCGUGUCUGUUUAUGUGUAUGUAUGUGUGUGUAUGUCUGAAGAGGAUUCCGAAGAGUUUUUGCGCGCAUUUAGAAUUCGGCUUCUUUUCUUGUAAUAAUUGUAAUUCGAUCGAUCGAUCGAUGAUAAAUACUUAUUAAUAAGAGUAAUGAUACCAGUAGUGGCGACGAUUUUUGGAUCGUUGCAAGAGGAUUCCGCUUGCGCGCGCUAUACGCACGUUCCGAUUUUGCGAAACAAAUUUUGUUUUUGAAAAACAAUCAAAAAAAAACAAAACAAAAGAAACGCCCGCUUGAUGAGUUUCCACCCCUUGUCGUAUUUUUAAAAGAGAAGAAGGCCAAAAAAAA